AUGGUUCGAUUCACGUCUCAAGAAGAUUUUGUUUUGUUAUCAGCCAUUUUACAAUACGAUACAAAUGAUUGGCAACUAAUAGCAGCAGCAAUGAAUAAUUACUUGCUUGGACCGUCAGUCAUAUUCAAGACCCAAUAUGAUCAAUUAUGUGAAACCUAUGAACACCUCUGGAGAAAAAGUGAUGAAAAGUCAGAUAAACAAGAAUCAUUCAAUUCAUUUUUAUAUUCGAAGGUUAAAGCAAAAUAUUAUAAUGAACUAUGCGAUCGUGUUUUACGCGAUCGUCAUCAAAUUUAUCUUGUAAUUUGGGAACUGUUACGACAUGUUUAUGAUAAAAGACUGAUUAAAAUGGAUAUUGUUCAUUUCACACAACAGCUUCAUCUUGAACAUGAUUCAAACGAUCCACAAAUUCGUCAGCAACUAAUAAAUAAAAAAGAACAAAUCAUAGAGAGAGCAAAGGCAUUUUUAGCAGAUAAAUGGGUCUUUACACAGUCAAACAAUUCAUCAGCUGUUAAAAAAAUGUCAAAUGUUCUUGAUUCAUAUUCAAUUCGGACAACAGCAACACAAACAACAAUGAUUGACGACGAUACAUCUAAAAUAAUAAUCGAAGAAGUAGUUCGUACUAUUUUGAAUAGUGCUACUGCAGUAGAUGAAGAUGAUGAUAUCGUUUCACAUGCGUUCACCAAAGCUCAUGACAUUGGAAUGCAAGAGAGAAUAGAUGAUGUAAUUUUAACAAAGAAAGACAAAAUUAUUAGAAAACGAAAAAUUUCUAUAAGCGAUAUUGAAACACAAGUCAUCAUUGUUCCAAAAAUACCAGCAGUAAAUUCUAUUGAAACUGAUAUUGCAAACAGCAAUGAUAAAACAACACUAAUAAAGUAG